UAGAAUAGACAAUAGUCUAUGCGCCGCCAUAAUGUCGCUUUCUGUUUUGGUAUCAUCACACAAUAAAGGAAAUCAAUUUUCAUAACUUAUCCAUGACUUUUGUGAUAAUUCUUAACGCAAAACAAACACUACAUUUCAGUGUAAUUGAUUAAAAGCCCGCAGCCAUGAACACCACAGCUCCCACAUCGGCAGAUGCCUGCCUGAGUAUUGUGCACUCUCUCAUGUGUCACCGACAGGGCGGAGAGAGUGAGGGCUUCUCGAAACGUGCCAUAGAAUCUCUUGUCAAGAAACUCAAGGAGAAACGGGAUGAGUUAGACUCAUUGAUCACUGCUAUCACCACGAAUGGGGCCCACCCGAGCAAAUGUGUUACAAUUCAGAGGACUUUGGAUGGCAGAUUACAGGUUGCAGGCCGCAAAGGCUUCCCACACGUGAUAUACGCCCGCAUAUGGCGCUGGCCGGACCUACACAAGAACGAGCUCAAGCACGUCAAGUUCUGCCAGUUCGCCUUCGACCUCAAGUGCGACUCGGUGUGCGUCAACCCUUACCACUACGAGCGGGUGGUAUCACCAGAUCUCUCCGGGCUGACAUUGACAUCUGGCCCAAGCCGCCUAGUAAAGGACGAGUACACAGCUGGCUUGAGCGGGAACGGCAUGGACAUGGACACUGGCGAGUUGGUCACUAUACAGCACCAUGCUGCCGCCAGCCCGCGCCACCACCACACGCUGCCGCACCACCACCAGCAGUUCCAGGGGACCAACAUCAUCAUCAACCAAACGCAAGCGCCAGAGGGCGUACCGAACAUGUUCUCCCCGACGCACGGGCAGCGGCCGAUACGGCCGCCCGGCGCGCCGCAGAUGCCGCAGCCCCCACAGAUGCCGCACCUCUCCCCCGGGCCCCAAAUGAUCUCAAACCACGGACAAAUGACACCCGGCCCGCCUCAGCUAGGUCCAGGAACGCCUCAAAUGGGACCGGGAACACCUCAAAUGGGGCCGGGAACGCCUCAAAUGUGCCCCGGAACGCCUCAGAUGGGUCCGAGCACGCCACAAAUGUGUCCGGGAACUCCUCAAAUGUGCCCGGGGACCCCUCAGAUGGGCCCGGGCACGCCGCAGAUGGUGGCCAACACGCCGCAGAUGACGUCGCCGCGCAUGGCGCCCGCGCCCACGCAGAUGUCUCCGGGGACGCCGCAGAUGCCCAACAUAAGCCAGGGGAUGUCGAUACCUAGUCCGCAACAGAUGGUCAUGAGCCAGCAGAGGGCGAUAGCGCCGAAGCUCGAACCCCCGGACACUAUAGACGCGAGAGCGAUGUGGUUACCGAAAAGAAUGAACCAUUCUGCCCUGCCGGUGAGUAUGUCGCCCGGCGGGACGACGCCGCUCAUUGACGGACAAAAUACGACGUUCUUCACAACGGAGCAGACGACUACUGAAACACAAAUGACACAGACUAUAUCAGCGGGUCCUGUGUCGGUGUCAUCAGGAUCGGCCGAGAACUCCCAGCAGAAUGGCUUCGCUUCAGCAGGCAGUCCCGCGCCGCAACCUAGUCCGCUGCCUCGGACGCAGCAUCAACAAGGCACGUGGACGGGCAACAACACGCUGACCUACACGCAGAGCCUCGCGCCGCCCGCGCCCGCGCCGCUCGACGCGCCGCCGCAACACCAUCACUACUAUAAUGGCAACCCGGGCGGGCAGCCCUUGUUGUCUCAGCUGCCUGCUCCCGAGUACUGGUGCUCGGUGGCGUACUUCGAGCUGGACACACAGGUCGGAGAGACGUUCAAAGUGCCGUCCAGCAGGCCCAACGUCACUGUUGACGGUUACGUGGAUCCUUCAGGAGGCAACAGAUUUUGCCUCGGCGCUUUAAGUAAUGUUCAUAGAACAGAGCAAAGUGAACGCGCAAGACUGCACAUCGGCAAGGGCGUGCAGCUGGACUUGCGUGGCGAGGGCGACGUGUGGUUGCGCUGCCUGUCCGAGCACUCCGUGUUCGUGCAGUCCUACUACCUGGACCGCGAGGCCGGCCGCGCGCCCGGCGACGCGGUGCACAAGAUAUACCCCUCCGCCUGCAUCAAGGUACUGUAUACUGUGGCUGUCCGAGCACUCCGUGUUCGUGCAGUCCUACUACCUGGACCGCGAGGCCGGCCGCGCGCCCGGCGACGCGGUGCACAAGAUAUACCCCUCCGCCUGCAUCAAGGUACUGUAUACUGUGGCUGUCCGAGCACUCCGUGUUCGUGCAGUCCUACUACCUGGACCGCGAGGCCGGCCGCGCGCCCGGCGACGCGGUGCACAAGAUAUACCCCUCCGCCUGCAUCAAGGUACUGUAUACUGUGGCUGUCCGAGCACUCCGUGUUCGUGCAGUCCUACUACCUGGACCGCGAGGCCGGCCGCGCGCCCGGCGACGCGGUGCACAAGAUAUACCCCUCCGCCUGCAUCAAGGUACUGUAUACUGUGGCUGUCCGAGCACUCCGUGUUCGUGCAGUCCUACUACCUGGACCGCGAGGCCGGCCGCGCGCCCGGCGACGCGGUGCACAAGAUAUACCCCUCCGCCUGCAUCAAGGUACUGUAUACUGUGGCUGUCCGAGCACUCCGUGUUCGUGCAGUCCUACUACCUGGACCGCGAGGCCGGCCGCGCGCCCGGCGACGCGGUGCACAAGAUAUACCCCUCCGCCUGCAUCAAGGUGUUCGACCUCCGGCAGUGCCACCGGCAGAUGCAGUCGCAGGCCGCGACGGCGCAGGCGGCGGCCGCCGCGCAGGCCGCCGCCGUGGCCGGCCACAUCCAGCCCGCGCACCCCGGCAUGAACAAGUGUUAGUACCUCACUAGGCACACGCCGUCCCUCGCACACCCCCGAGCUUGGUGCAUGCCGCAACAUCUUGCAUUCAUCUCGGUUAGGGUGUUUCAUUUUUCUGAAUUUUAGAUUUUCAUCUGACUUCGCACGAAUUCUUUGUUCUCACUGAGAAAAAAUUAUUAUAUGCCAAAAAAACAAUCAAUUUUUAGAGGUUGCACAACAUCAACAAAGCGGAGAGUAGUGUGAUACUGAACCUUCUACAUAAUAUAAAGAAAUUUGAAAAUUACUAAUAACUUGGAUUUUGGUUAGGUACUCGAUAAAUGUUCUAAUUAAGAUUUUUCAGUUUUUCCACC